GCAACGCGUAUCUGAACCAGGAAGUAUUUCCGAAAGCGUGUAGCUAGUUAUGUGCGGCACAGAGGGCGUUUUAAGCAGUUUGUCACAGUUGCAUUCAUGAACCCAGUUCCAUUUUAUGUGCCUUAAAAGUAAAGGAGCCGGGUAGCGUUGGAGCCACCGUGUAACGCUGCUACAAAGGACGUCAAUCUGCACACUGCGUGGCCUUCACAAUGAAGUUCAUAGUGCAGUCUGGUAAGCCAUGAUUGGCUUGACAAGUUAUGCAGGGGUUAUGGAAAACCUAAUAAACUGUGCUGAUGAGCAGCCGUCAGCCUCUCCUCCGGACAGUUCAAGCUACAAUCAACAAGGGUCAAAUGAACAUCGAAGACCAACAAGAGUUGGUGGAUUUGUUUUAGUACAUGCAGGAGCAGGAUACCAUUCUGAAUCAAAGGCCAAGGAGUACAAACAUGUGUGCAAAAGAGCCUGUCAGCGAGCUGUGGACCAGCUCAAAGCUGGUGCCCUUGCAGUGGAUGCAGUGGCUGCAGCACUGGUUGAACUUGAGGACUCUCCAUUUACCAAUGCUGGGAUGGGAUCCAACCUGAAUUUAUCAGGUGAGAUUGAGUGUGAUGCGAGCAUCAUGGAUGGGAGGUCCCUGCAGUAUGGAGCUGUAGGUGCCAUUAGUGGUAUUAAAAAUCCUGUUUUAGUUGCAAACUGUCUGCUGACUGAAGCAAAAAAAGGGAAACUUUCAGCUGGCAGAAUACCCCCCUGCUUUUUAGUCGGUCGAGGAGCACAUGACUGGGCUGUGACCCAUGGACUACCACCAUGCCCCUCAGAGAAAAUGGCCACUAAAUUUAGCUUAUCUGCAUACAAGAGGAACAAGCGCAAGAUGGAGCUGGCAGAGAAAAUGGAUACAGGACAUAAUCAGACAAAAAAAAGGCGACAGUCAAGCGAAAAUGAAAAUCGCUCAGCUUGUCUCGACACAGUUGGAGCCAUUGUGGUAGACCUGGACGGGAACGUUGCUGCAGCAGUAUCCAGUGGCGGACUUGCCUUGAAACACCCCGGUAGAGUGGGCCAGGCUGCUCAUUAUGGUUGUGGAUGCUGGGCUGAAAAUGCCUGUAAUAUGAACCCUUAUUCUACAGCAGUGAGUACCUCAGGCUGCGGAGAGCAUCUGAUUCGCACUAUGCUGGCACGGGAGUGCUCCUCUGCCAUGCAUUCUGAAGAUGCCCACCAGGCGCUGCUGGAGGCUAUGCAAAACAAGUUCAUCAGCUCACCCUUUCUGGCAUGUGAAGAUCGUGUUUUGGGUGGGGUAAUUGUCUUGCGGUGCUGCAGAUGUGUCGAGACUCAACCAUCUUCAAAUUAUGAGGGUAUACUGGUGGAGUUCCUGUGGAGUCACACCACGGAGAGCAUGUGCGUUGGCUACAUGUCUUCCCAAGACAGCAAAGCAAAGACCCACAUAUCCAGACUGCCACCUGGAACCGUUCCUGGGCAGUCUCUGGCCAUCGAGGGAGGUGUGUGUCGACUGAUGAGUGUAUUGGAGUGAGCUGUACUUUCCUCCUUAUGGGUUUCUUCAGCAGUAAUGCAGUACAAACCCAACCGUUACUUGCGCGCACACACACCUCUCCAGACACUCUUGUGAGACCAGAUGUAAUAAGCUUGAGCUGUUUUAACAGGUGUUCAGGAAGGAAGAAAGGGUGUUGGCGUCUUUUUAGUGCACUUAAAAACCUUCCCUUUGCCACCGUUUCCCUCCAGCAUGCACUCUAUGCCAAUUUGCACCCUCCCCAAGCUUUCCAGCAUCACCUGGAUUAGACUUGAUGCACCAGACGUCCCUGUUGUCCCUUUUGUUCAACUCAGUGAGGCAACCUUCCUUUUCUAUAUAAACUAAGAUGAGGAAAACAGGGUGGACACUCAUUGGAUUUUUUUGUUUUUGUUUUGUUUUGUUUUAUAACAAAGUUGUGACUAUUUUCAAACUUUUUGGAACUUAUUUUUAUUGUUAAAAUACUUUUUUGAGUUAAGUCAAAAAUGCACCUUGUUAGAUGCCUGCUAUUCAAAUAAAUACUAUGAAUGGGACAUUUAUAGCUGUGUAUUGGAUGCCGACGUUAAAAGGCUUUGCAAAGUUAUGUGAUCCACUCCUUUGUACGGAGACACAUAUAAUGCCAUUUAUCCCAGCAACAUAUUAUGUCAUGUAACAUUGUAUGUAUCUUAGAUCAUAGUGAAUUCUGUAACUAUUAUAGCCAUAGAUUUUUUUUUUUUUUGCUUUGAUAGAACAUUUAAAAAUGUGAAUGGAUAACUUGUGCUGCAUGUGCAAAAUCUAAGUCAGUUUAUGUUGUAUUUCAGGCGUGGAAACGGGAAGCUAUGCAUUUACAGAGUGACGCUGAUACUAUAGUGCUCAGGUAGGCGUGCUUGACCCCCGCCACCAAAUGUGACUGUUAGUCGUCAUUUAAAAACAGUUUAUAUUUGUAUAGUCACAUUGACGAAGAGAUGUAUUUUCUUGUUAAGAGAGAAAAAUGACUGCUAAAAGAUAAUUUAUGCAUUUGAAAAUCUGUAACGGUGCUCUUGAGAAUUGUGCUUGAUAGGAAUAUAGACCUAAAUAAUUAUACUUUUUUUCGUGUUGGUUUCCUUUACUCUGUUAAUAAUGAGAGUUCAAAUCUCCACAAGUCUUUAUCAGAGCUUGUUUUAUGUUUACUUGAAAUUGCAACUAAUAUAAAUUGAUAUAAGCUAUGGGAAUUGUAAUGUGUACACAACUCUCCACAGUGCUCCAAAAUAAAAUCUAUGUUGCUAAU